GCAGCGUGGGGCAGCGGUAGCAGUUGGUGGCGGCCAGAGGCGGCAGCCGCGUCGACGUCGACCAAGACUGUAGCACUCUUGAAAGCAGCAGCAGAAGCGCCGGCGAAUCCGGCUUCUUUCGGUGAAGGACUCCCACCCUUCCGCGCCCCGACGAGGAGCGACGGCGGUGCCCGGAGCAGACAGGGCCUCACUAUUGUAGUUCAGACUGGCUUUGAACUACAUAGCCCAGGCUGGCCUUCAGUGAGCAGUGAUCCUACUGCCUCCGCCUCCUGAGUGCUAGGAUUACAGGCAUGGAGAGUAGAAAACUGAUUUCUGCAACUGACAUUCAGUACUCUGGCAGUCUGCUGAACUCCUUGAAUGAGCAACGUGGCCAUGGACUCUUUUGUGAUGUUACUGUCAUUGUGGAAGACCGAAAAUUCCGGGCCCAUAGGAAUAUUCUUUCAGCUUCAAGUACAUACUUCCAUCAGCUCUUCUCAGUUGCCGGGCAAGUUGUUGAACUGAGCUUCAUAAGAGCAGAGAUCUUUGCAGAAAUUCUCAAUUAUAUUUAUAGCUCAAAAAUUGUCCGUGUUAGGGCAGAUUUACUUGAUGAGUUAAUUAAAUCAGGGCAGUUACUAGGAGUGAAAUUUAUAGCAGAGCUUGGUGUCCCACUGUCACAGGUUAAAGGCAUCUCAGCUACCUCUCAGGAUGGUAAUGCUGACACCUUACCGCCUGGUUCUAGUGACAAAAACCUUGAAAUACAAAAAUCAAAAGAUGAAGCCCAGGAUAAUGGGGCUACUAUAAUGCCUAUUAUAACAGAGUCUUUUUCAUUAUCUGCUGAAGAUUAUGAAAUGAAAAAGAUCAUUGUUACUGAUUCAGAUGAUGAUGAUGAUGAUGAUGUCAUUUUCUGCUCUGAGAUUUUGCCUGCAAAGGAGGCUUUGCCGAGUAACAAUGCAGUGACACAGGGCCAGCCUAACCAGGGUCCUGUUGCUAUUUCAGAUGUUGCACCUUGUGCUAGCAGUAACUCUCCCCCUUUAACAAGUGUCACACCCACUCAGAAACUUCCCACUCCUGUGAAUCAGGCAACUCUGAGCCAGACACAGGAAAGUGAAACAUUGCUGGUAUCUUCAGCUCCAACACAUCUCACUCCCAACAUUAUUUUGUUAAAUCAGACACCACUUACUACACCACCAAAUGUCAGUCCUUCAGUUCCAAAUCAUAUGUCCUCUUCAAUCAAUCUACUUGUACAGAAUCAGCAAACACCAAAUAGUGCUGUUUUAACAGGAAAGAAAGCCAAUGAAGAGGAAGAAGAGGAAAUUAUAGAUGAUGAUGAUGAUGACACUAUUAGCUCCAGUCCAGACUCAGCAGUCAGUAAUACGUCUUUGGUCCCACAGGCUGAUACCUCCCAAAAUCCCACUUUUGAUGGAUCGUUGAUACAAAAGAUGCAGAUCCCUACAUUUCUGCAAGAACCACUUUCCAGUUCUUUAAAAAUUUCAGAUAUAAUUACUAGAAACACUAAUGAUACAGGCUUAGGAUCAAAACAUCUAAUGGAGGGCCAGAAGAUCAUUACUUUAGAUACAGCUACUGAAAUUGAAGGCUUGUCUACUGGUUGCAAGGUUUAUGCAAAUAUUGGUGAAGAUACUUAUGACAUAGUGAUCCCUGUCAAAGAUGACCCUGAUGAAGGGGAGGCAAAACUUGAGAACGAGAUACCAAAAACUUCUGGCGGUGAGUCAACAGGCAAACGUAUGAAAGUAAAACAUGAUGAUCAUUAUGAGUUAAUAGUUGAUGGAAGGGUGUAUUAUAUCUGCAUUGUGUGCAAAAGGUCAUAUGUCUGUCUGACAAGCUUACGAAGACAUUUUAACAUUCAUUCUUGGGAGAAGAAAUAUCCGUGUCGCUACUGUGAGAAGGUAUUUCCUCUUGCUGAAUAUCGUACAAAGCAUGAAAUUCAUCACACGGGGGAGCGAAGGUACCAGUGUUUGGCAUGUGGCAAGUCUUUCAUCAACUAUCAGUUUAUGUCUUCACACAUAAAGUCAGUUCAUAGUCAAGAUCCUUCCGGUGACUCAAAGCUUUAUCGUUUACAUCCUUGUAAGUCUUUGCAGAUCAGACAAUAUGCCUACCUUUCUGAUAGAUCAAGCACUAUGCCUGGAAUGAAAGAUGGCAAUAUUGCUUAUAAGGUUGAUGCCAGAAAAGAACCUCCGGUAGGGACUGCAUCUACUCAGAACAAGCCAGUAACCUGGGAAGACAUUUUUAUUCAGCAGGAAAAUGAUUCAAUUUUCAAACAGAAUGUAACAGAUGGCAGUACUGAGUUUGAAUUUAUAAUACCAGAAUCUUACUGAACUCCUUUGAAAUAUCAUAAAGUUUUGGUUUGGAUUAAUGGGCAGGGAUUUCAGAAGACCUGUAAAACCAGUUAAAGUGAAACAAGUCCAUUUGAUCUGCCACAUCUGAAGGUAGCCUAGUUGGGUUAUUGUUAAUAUUUAGGAACAAAUUUUUCUGAAAGUUUGAGUAGAGGUUGAGAAUCCCCCCUCCAAGUAUAUGUUUAUAUAGUUAGCUUUCAGCUCAUUUAAGAGGCAAAAGUGAGCAGCUCAGAGAGAUAGUUUUCUGAAUAGAAUGUAAAGCAGUCUGAAUGUUUUUUGAAAAUAACUGGAGUUACUAGCAUACCCUAGCACAUGUUAAAACUUUCCCCUUCCAUGUUAGCACUUUACUGCUGAUUUCUCAGUUUUCUUAACAUUGAGACUAAAUACGUGUUGUGUCUUGUAUAUGGCAUAAAAAGUAAAGAAGAAUGUCUAAAAUUGUUCUAGAAAAUUUGAGAAUAAAUCUCCACUUGGUUAUGUAAUGAGUAGUAAUCUGCCUCCCUGCCCUAAUGAAAACAGCCAUGCAGACAAGUCUUUCAUAUGAAGAAUUAGUUUUAGCUAGUUGGAAUUAAUCCUCACUCCUAUUGUCAUUGUCUGUAAUAGACUUUGAUCACUUUGCCACUAUAUAUGCCUUCACGGUGUGGUCUCUAUGGGCAAAAAACUAAUGGAAAAAUAAAUCUGUAGUGCAGGUAGGAGGAGAAGAAAAGUUCUGUCCCACAUAUUUUUCUCUGUCCUUUCAUAAUGGAGACAAUGGAAUCAAAGUUAUAUUUAAAAAUAUUGCCACAGAAUGUUGCAAAAUUUUCAAUCCAAAAUCCACCAAAUGAAUCUUUAUGCAUCAUCUAACUGUAAACCUUCAUAAAUGGUAGUCUGUAGAUGAGACUCCUGUGUAUUUUGGGCUGGAGGCUAUAGGUGUAUUUUUAAAUGUUCAUGUUACUUGGAAUAUCUAAUAGGUUUUUACUUGAAAUAAUUGAAAUGAUCUUGUGUUCUCUUUUCAGCAAAAUAUUUUGGAUUUUUAUCCCUUCUAAAUUACAUUCCAUCUCUAAAUCAUUACAGUAUUUUAGCAGUUGCAAACUACAUAUGGAGCACUAUAUAGACUUGUCAAUUCCCAUUUAUUGUUACAACAAUAAAUGCCACCUUUCUUCUAGAUUGACACAUUUAAACACUUAGAAAAUAAAGUUGUAACUUACUCAAAUGCUAGUACUAAAAGAAAACAGACUGGAACAAAUAUAUAGCCUAGCAUUUAUAACAGAACUAACUUGGUGAGCUUUUGUAAAUGGCUUUUUGCAAAGGAAAAAAAAAUUAUUAGAUACUGAAUGAUUGUUGUGCAUAGUUAUUAGUCAUUCAUAACCUUGCUUAAGUAUUUCUUAGUUCAGCAUAGAUAUUUUCUUCCUCCUUACCCGUAUUUUUAAAAAGUUAUUUCUUGAUGUUGACUUAAAGCUUUAAUCUUAAUUUCUCAUAUCUAUGUCAUUCUUCAGAUGAUAAGCAAGAUUUUAAGAUAAUGAUGUCAGUGUUUAAAUUGGGAGCAGAGAGGAUCAGAUGUCAAUAUAUGCAAUAAUACAAGGAAAAAAGUAAUAUCCUUUGCUUACAAAGGUCAAGUUUAUGUGCUUUUAUUGGUUUCUGUUUUGGGAGUCUAAACUGACCAUUAGAAAAUUUGAAAUUACCUUGUAACUUAAGGAUCAGAUCUUUGGAAUCACAAUAUCUUUUUCCUUUCUGUGUAGAUAUUGAUAACAUUAUUCUUUGACAAUAGGGUGCACUCUGAAAUAUUCGCAGUGGAAAUUGAAGUUUCAUUAAUGUUAUUUCACCAUUUAGACAUAAUUAUUUCUACCAGUAUGAAUGAUACCUGAUGCCAGCAGAGCUUUUGAACCUUUCAGACUCAACUGCUAGAUAAAUGACUUUGUCAUAAUAAAACUUGGUAGUUUCUACAAGUCUGUUAUGACAAACCAAGAAUUAAUUCUGUAAUAGAAAACUAUCCAUUCUGAGUAAUAUUGAUAUAGUUAUUUGCUGCUGCUGUGCUGUGUAAAUUUUGAAUAUGAAAUGUUAAACUGUGCCUACUAAAAGUAUCUUCUGGAGUUUCUGAAGAGAGAAAACCUGGAAAGUUAAAUUGCAAUUUUGCCAGAAGACUCUUACUUGCAUACGUCUCAAGGUCUUCAGAUUUCUUUUUUUUUUAAUCUUUACUGUUGAGGAUCCAACCUAGGGGUGCUGUACCACUGAGCUGCACCCCCAGAGCUCUUUAAUAUGAGAAUGUCUUGCUCAGGUAGAAGUUGAACUGGUGUCCUCUUGUCUCAGCCUCCCUCAGUAUUGAUAUUAUGGGCGUGGCUAGGUCCUUCGUUUUUCUAGAAGUUUGCCUACCCCAAGUUGGAUUUUGCGUGGAAUAUGCUUUUGAGUUAAAACUCUUCACUCCUAAUUUCUACUGGAUUGAAAAUUUUUACAAGAUGCAGUUUAAACUUACCAUGAGACUUUCCUAUUUUAUACUUAGCUUUCCAGCUAUUGAAUUUUCUUUUUUCUCUCAGGUUGGCUUCAGAUUUUCUCUAAUGAUAAAUUACCCUAGAUAUGCUAGAAAGAAAUUACUUGAAAUAGUAAAUUAAUUCAAAAAUAUUCAAACCAGGAAAAGAUUUUUAAAUGUUAUAGCAAUCUUACAAGAUCUGUAUUUUCAAUGAUAAUCAUUUUGGUUGUAAUAAUCCCCCAUAUACAUCCACUAUGAGGAAAUGAUGUCACAUUUUCCCAUUGUAUCAAAAAGAUAAAACAGUAAACAUUGCUGAAGCUAUUUUGUAUUGUCAGGGCAUGCAUAUUCUAGAGCUAAAUACUAACUGUACUGGCUUCAUCACCUCUUAUCAUUCAUAUUGAAACCUUGUUCAUUUCCCCCAAUACUAUAUUGUUCAUACUUAUACAAUUUUAUGUCAUGACUUUAAGUUCUACUUUUCAUUAAUUGUUACCUGAUACUCAUAGAGCUUCUUAUGGCAAAAAUAAAAUGAUUUAAUUCUAA